AUGGCAUUAGGUAUACCACUGAUCUUGAUCUUCCUGCUAUUCAUCAUUAUCUUGAUAUUAGCUCUGACCGUGUUUAAGACGAAAUCACCAAACACCAAGCUCGUCUCCGCCUCUCUUGACGGCGUUGCUCCUAGUGUCUCAUUACCUGCCGCUCAGAUUGAACUCAACAUCACCAUUGACAUCAAGAUCCUUGUCAAGAACCCAAACCACGUCAGCUUCAAGCACGGCCAAGGCAAGAGUUACUUGUUAUAUCAAGGAAAUCAGGUGGGAGAGGCUGAUAUAUACCCUGGUAAGAUUCCUGCAACGGGUUCCACCACAGUUCCAUAUAGGCUUACGCUCGAGGCGGAUGAGCUAGCUUCCAAUUUAAGUUUUAUCACUGAUGUAAUAGGGGGCCAACUCGUUAUGCAAGCAAAUACCAGAAUUCCGGGCAGGAUUAACUUCUUAGGGAUUUACAAAAAACACGUCGUUGUUGUAUCUGAAUGCCAACUGCGGAUCGCUGUUCUAGCCAUGAACAUCACGGAUAAAGCUUGCAAGGACAAGACUAACUGA